AAACAGCUCUUCAACCACCUCGGUAGCUUGCAAGCCAACAUAGCAGGAAGAUUCAAGCUAUUUAGACGCUUUCGGUGUAUAUUAGCUUCUGUGUUUUAGACACGCUUCUGUCUUAUUUACUUGUUAACCUAUUUAAUAUUACGUUUUUAUUAGUCAGCUAUAGUAGCUGGCUGGUUAAGUUAGCACUAGCAUGGUCACUAAUGAUAGCUAGCUAGCUAACAUCCCGGAACAUGAGCUCCCUAAACUACUCCCCUCCUGUUAAAGAAGAGGAGGUCUGCUGGACGGAGAAAGAUGCUCUGCGGCUGAAGAUUGUCGUGAAAGAGGAGAAGGAAGAGGAGGAUGUCACAGUAAAACAAGAAGUAGAGGGUGAGGCUGUUACCGUGAAAGAAGAAGAGGAAGACUCGUUCAGAGUGAAAGAGGAGGAUGUUACAGUAAAAGAAGAGGAGGAUGCAGAUUUUGGAUUGAAGAAGGAAGGAGAGAUUACUGUCACAUUGAAAGAUGAAAAGGUGGAAAUCAGAGAUCUGAGUAACACCAGAGAGAGACCAGACUCUCACUAUGACAGCAGGAAGAGUCCUUCAGGGGAACCAGACCCAGAGACGCCCAAACCAGCGAGAUAACACCACUGCUUCCACUGUGAAAAGAGUUUUCGCUGUUUAGGGAACCUAAAACUGCAUGAGAGGACACACAGGAGAAAAGCCUUUACAAUGUUCCCAGUGUGGAAAGAGUUUUACCCUGUUAGCUAACCUGAAAAGGCAUGAGAGAAUACACACAGGAGAAGAGCCUUACCACUGCUUCCAGUGUAGAAAGAGUUUUACCGUGUUAGCUACCCUGAAAAGGCAUGAGAGAAUACACACAGAAGAAAAGCCGGGCACUGAAGAUGUGGAUGUCGAUUUAAGGCAGCCCCCCGCACCCGUCUGAUUCAGAGUGGUUGGGUUAAAUGCAGAAGACACAUUACAAUUGAAUGCAUUCAGUUGUACAACUGACUAGGUAUCCCCCUUUCCCGUUCCCUUUUAUAGAGCUCUGCUCAGCCUAUAAACAUGAAAGUAAGGUUAGAUUUAAUGUUCUACAUUAUUAUUAGGGGCGGCCACCAAGUUAUGAAAAUUAUGGUAUGUUCUGAAAACUGACUUCAGGUUUUUGAGGAAUCUAGCCUCGCAGGAAGACAGUUUUAUUUUAUGGAGGUUUAAUUCCAUUCUCUUUUUAGUAUUUAACUAAAUACUCUGUCUUUGGUAGGAGAGGGACCAGACUUCUCACUGUUCCCACUGUGGAAUGAGUUCUAUUCAGUUAGGGAGCCGGAAGGAGCAUAAGAGGAAACACACGAUAAAAGUCCAACCACUGCUCUCUCUCUGUGUGGAAGGACAUUUUCCCAGUCAGAGAACCUGAAAUUACAUGAGAAAAUAGAAUGGCUGUAUUCUGACUAAUAUUUUUGACUGAGAAUUUGUGUUUUUGUUUAUGCCACAUGAAAACAUAUUGUUUAUGAUUAUACCUGUCCAUAUAUGGUGCCACAGUUGACAAUGCAUGUCAGAGAAAAUUCCAAGCCAUGAGGUCGAAGAAAUUGUCCAUAGAGCUCCGAGACAGGAUUGUGUUGAGGCACAGAUAGGGGAAGGGUACCAAAAAAUAUCUGCAGCAUUGAAGGUCCCCACGAGCCCAUUCUUAAAUGGAAGAAGUUUGGAACCACCAAGACUCUUCCUAGAGCUGGCCGCCCGGCCAAACUGAGCAGUAAGGGGAGAAGGACCCGAUGUUCACUCUGACAGAGUUCCUCUGUGGAGAUGGGAGAACCUUCCAGAAGGACAAUCAUCUCAUGCAGCACUCUACCAAUCAGGCCUUUAUGGUUGAGUGGCCAGAUGGAGGCCACUCCUCAGUAAAAGGCACAUGACAGCCUGCUUGGAGUUUGACAAAGGGCACCUAAAGGACUCUCAGACCAUGAGAAACAAGAUUCAGUGGUCUGAUUAAACCAAGAUUGAACUCUUUGGCCUGACUGCCAAGCGGCUGCCCUGACUGCCAAGCGGCUGCCCUGACUGCCAAGCGGCUAGCCUGGCGUAAAGCGUGGUGGUGGCGGAAGCAUCAUGCUGUGGAGAUGUUUUUCAGCUGCAGGGACUGGGAGACUAGUCAGGAUCGAGGGAAAGGUGAACAGAGUGCAGAGAGAUACUUGAUGAAAACCUGCUACAGAGAGCUCAGGACCUCAGACUGGGGCGAAGGUUCACCUACCAAAAGGACAAUGACCCAAAGCCCACAGCCAAGACAGCUCAGGAGUGACUUCGGGACAAGUCUCUGAAUAUCCUUGAGUGGCCCAGCCAGAGCCCGGACUUGAACUCGAUCAAACGUCUCUGGAGAGACCUGAAAAUGGCUGUGGAGCAAAGCUCCCCAUCCAGCCUAACAGGGCUUGAGAGGAUCUGCAGAGAAUAAUUGGAGAAACUCUCCAAAUACAGGUGUGCCAAGCUUGUAGUGUCAUACCCAAGAAGGCUGGAGGCUGUAAUCGCUGCCAAAGGUGUUUCAACAAAGAGAGAGACUUGGCUAUCAUGGAUCCUCUGGGGAGCCUCAACAACAACAUCAUGAUGCUGACGAGGCAGAGAAGAGUCUUUCCACAUCAGAAUUCCUCAAGAAACACCAGAGACCCACAGGGAAAAAAUCUCAUUGCUGCUCUGACUGUGGGAAGAGAUUUACCUCCUCAGCAGGCAUUACAAUUCAUCAGAGAAUCCAUACAGGAGAGAAACCUUAUUGCUGUGAUCAAUGUGGGAAGAGAUAUCUUACAUGUAGCAGUCUGACUAAACACCAGAGAACACACACAGGAGAGAAACUUUUUAACUGCUCUGACUGUGGAAAGAGUUUUGUUUCUUCAGGAUGUUUAGAAUCACACCUGAGAACACACACAGGAGAGAAACCUUAUAGAUGUGAUCAAUGUGGGAAUAGAUAUGUUACAUCUAGCAGUCUGACUAAACAUCAGAGAACACACACAGGAGAGAAACCAUAUAACUGUAAACAAUGUGGGAAGACUUUUAGUCAGUCAUUCAGCCUGAUAUCACACCAGAGAACACACACAGGAGAGAAACCUUAUAGCUGUGAUCAAUGUGGGAAGAGUUUUGUUACGUCUAGCAGUCUGACUAUACACCAGAGAACACACACAGGAGAGAAACCUUAUAGCUGUGAUCAAUGUGACAAGAGAUACUCUAGUAAAAGAUCUCUGAUCAAACAUCAGAAAAUACAUACAGGAAGGAGUUGUUUCACGAUAUCAAUGAAAUAGAAUCUCACUAUUUAGAAUGUUUUAAGGUUAUAGUAGGAGUAUUUUAAUAUUGUCAUAAUGUAGAACCCUAAAUAUUUGUCCCCUGUUCUAUUGAUUUCAGCAUAAGGAUAUUGGCCUCAGGGGGAAAUCCAGGCUCUGAAUUGAAGAGUACUAUUUAUGUGGUCUAACAAAUAGUGACUAACAAAAAAAUAGUUGUGUUGCACUUAGUGUUGGUGACCCACUUGAAUCAAAAUGUAGCUAGCUGUUUUCUACAAAUUGUCUUCUAACCAGUGAUGUACACAUUUCCCAGAUUCCGUGUGUUUUUUGAGCUGUUAGUUUUAACAGGACGUGUAAGUGAAUUAUUGCCAAUACAUAUGAAAAAGGGAUGUACAUUUGGUGUUGAUAUUUUAUAUUUACAAUUCAUGUAAUAUUUAGUCAUUGUGAUUAUUUAUGCAACCAACUGACAAUUUUUGUUUGCAAUUAUAUUGACAUUGUUGCCCUGCUUUUAGAAUAUCAGGGUUCAUUCUCAGAUGUGCCAACCCAAAUGUACUAGAGAAUGACAUUAUGGACUGGGCCCCGAUCCAACAACAUGCCUAUCAAGUGAACCCUGAAAAGAGAAACUCCUCUGUGAGGUGUAAAGUUACUAAGGAUAUUGCAGGAUUUCCCUCUUGAAAUCAGACAUGUCCGUGGUAAGGACAACUUGGUUGCUGAUUGUCUCAAGGGUGGGCAGUCAAAAAUAUUUGUGUUUUGUGUUUGCCAGUGCGUUACCAUGGAUAACAAUUUAUUUUGACUGCACAUUUUUCCGUAUUGGAGAUGAGUUUUGUUUAGGUUCUAGAGUUCUGAUUCUUUUUUGUUUGGGGGAUACCUAGUCAGUUGUACAACUGAAUGCAUUCAACUGAAAUGUGUCUUCGGUACACUGAUUGGUGUCACCUCAUUAGUAGGUAUGUGUUACACCUGUGCUGGUCCAGGUUCUAUUUAAGAGUGUCUGGCCCAGUGCUCCAGUUGUCUUGAUGGAUGUUGAGAGUCAACACCUUUAGUUGCUCCACCUUUUUGGUUUCCCUCCUGUCUUUAAGUUUGGUGUGGGUGUUUCUUUUGUUUGCCUCUUCUUGGGCAGAUAUAGUGUCGAUCAUGGUGGGUGUCUUUUAUGUCCCAGUUUAUAUCCCAGUUGUUGUUACUAGUCAACUUUCAGUGGAUACCCCCAUAGUGUCUUUCAGAACCCCUCCUAAAACCCCACCUGUUUAGUUGUGGCUGUUGUCAGUGACUCUUUGUUAAUUCCCUCUUCUAUUUAAGUGACAUUUCUGGAUUUCUUGAUGGGGAACGUAACAACAAAACAACAAACAAUGGAUUAAAACAAGCUGUUUUGUUUCAUCCAUGUCUAAAAUGUGCUGUAUAAAUAAAGCUUGAUUUGAUCAUAUUGUAAAACAAAUUAACCCAAUGACUGACCAAUCAACAGACUCUUGGUCCCUCUUAGUAUGAAAAACAGUAUCAAUCCCACUUUUCAAGCCUGCUGAAGGAGUGGUAAACACCCCUGGCUCUACCAGGGGCUUGCGGUGGUCUCCCACAGACAUCUCCAUGAUGUCAUGUUUUGUGGCCAUGCUGUUCCAUUUUUUUGACUGCCCCUGCAACCCAGAAACACAUUUAGUUAUAUUAUAUAAAACACUCAAAGAAAUGGAUAUGGAGCGUCUAUGGCCUCAGUUACACCUGGCACCUAAAUGUGACUUCUGUCAUCCGAUCAUUCCAGGCUGUAUUAGGUUCAGAUCUACCAGGAUGGGCCUUUGACAGUCUGGAUGCAGUCAGGCCUCCGAAUAUGCAUAAGCAAUAUAAAGAGCGGGUGAAUGAGUGGGGAAAAGUACAUUUGACACAAAUGACCAUAAUAUCAAAUGUGUGUGUCUGCGGUUAAAAUAACUCAUUUAGUCAAAAGGGGUGAGAAAUUACACCAAUAUCAGUGGACAACUUGCACUAAUAUAAAUAAACAUAGAUGAUCAAACAUA